AAAAUCAUAAAGAUCGGCGAACUGCGUCACCGGUACACAUCCUUUUUUGACACGUCAUUUAAAACUUCGAAGACGGAAACGCUUAUCACGAAGCCUAAGGUUGCUGCUAAUCUCUUCUCCGCAGAGAGCCCAGGGCAUUUAAUUAAAAAAUGGGGGGUUUCUUCUCCAGCUUGUUUUCCGGUCUCUUUGGCACGAGAGAGAUGAGAAUUCUUAUCUUGGGUCUGGACGGUGCCGGAAAGACUACGAUCCUCUACAGAUUGCAAGUUGGAGAAGUUGUCACUACCAUCCCCACUAUAGGGUUCAACGUUGAAACUGUGACUUACAAGAACCUGAAGUUCCAAGUCUGGGACCUUGGUGGACAGACAAGCAUCAGGCCAUACUGGCGGUGCUAUUAUUCCAACACAGACGCCGUGAUUUACGUGGUGGACAGCAGUGACCGUGACAGGAUGGGUAUCUCGAAGUCUGAGCUGGUGGCCAUGCUGGAGGAAGAAGAGCUGAAGAAAGCCAUUCUAGUUGUCUUUGCCAAUAAACAGGACAUGGAGCAAGCCAUGACGCCCACUGAGGUGGCCAACUCCCUGGGGUUACCUGCACUCAAGGACAGAAAGUGGCAGAUCUUCAAGACAUCUGCCACUAAAGGAACGGGCCUGGAUGAGGCUAUGGAAUGGUUGGUGGAGUCUCUAAAGAGCCGACAGUAAUUGCACUUGCACCACUCCCUGUAAAUACAUCUGCAUCUUUUGACUUCUUGUUAAAAGACUUUGGUGCCCUUUGGACCAGUGACUGCAUUCCCUUUUUUCCCUUUACAUGAAGGCGUUUUUCUUGUAGUCUCUCCUUCAAAUGAAGCUGCAGUUACAAACCAUUAGGGCAUCAGUACAGCCUGAAAACUGAACAUCUACUGGUUUCCAGUUUAUAUGGACUCUGCACAAGGUCUGGACAGCAGUCCUAUAGUUGUGCUGAUUCAUCCAUACUGACGCCAGUUAGACCUGUCCUUCCUGUAAGACUUGUCCACUACAUUGGAGUACCAUUAUUAUAGAGCUUCUGUUCUCAUCUGCCCCCCCCCCCCCUUAAGCUUGCUACCAGACUGUUGAAAGUCUCUUCCUUUUUUCCUUUGAACAGUUAAUCAGUUCUGCGACUUUGGUAUCUAACCACACUUGGGUAUUUUAGUGGGUUGUUUAUUUAAGACUAAUCAUUGUUUGUAUGCAGUGGAUUUGUCAUUACGUAUUUAUAUACAAGCAUGUACAGUGAACAUACUGCUUGUUGUGUUAACACUGAAAUAAAUCUGGUAUUAACAAUG